AUGCCAUAUAUUGAGGCAUUGACUAACAGCCUCAAGGAAAAGGGCGCGGGACUAACUACCGGCGCCUCCGAUAAGGCCAGGACGGGAGGAUCAGUGCAAGCCAGUAACAUGGCACCGAAGAGAAUGAAAGACAGCUUUUAUCGAUCGAUACUACCUCUUGGUAAAGACCCAUGGCUUCUGGACGAGUACGUCAAUGCAACCGGGCAGAUCAGGCUGGGUUCGUUAUUGAUGGACUUGGAUGCCCUUGCUGGCGUUGUCAGUUACCGACAUGCGGGGGAUGAUGUCGCGCUUGUUACUGCAGCAGUUGACAGGAUCACGAUUGAGAAUCCGCUGAAGGAGAUCUGUGAUCUGGAAUUGAGUGGCCAGGUUACUUAUUCUACAGGCCGAUCAAGUAUGGAAGUAUCCCUACAGGUUGCUAAGGCGCCAGCUGAGGGUGAAGUGGUGAAGGCUGAAGAUGUUUUAAUUACUUGUGCCUUUACCAUGGUGGCUCUAGACCCAAAGACUAAAAAGCCAGCCUCUGUUGCGCCUCUCUUGAUUGAGACGCCUGAAGAGCGUCGAUUGUUUGAAAAGGGAGAGCGCAACUAUAAUGCCAAAAAGGAUCUUAGGCAGAGAAGCCUGAAGUCUCAGACUCCUAAUGAUGAGGAAAGUGACCUUAUCCACGCGAUGUGGACGAAGAGAGCAGGCCGUGAAACGCCUCCUAAACUAUCUGGAAUCUCAGCUACGAAUAUGAAAGACACGAGCCUCUCUUCUGCCCAGAUAAUGCAGCCUUAUGAUCGCAACCGACAUAAUUUCAUGAUCUUCGGAGGCUAUCUUCUCAAGCAAACUUUCGAGCUAGCUUACUGCUGCGCUGCCUCAUUCUCACGCAGCAGACCUACUUUCCUAUGUCUUGAACCCAGUACCUUCGACAACCCAGUUCCGGUCGGCUGCGUUUCAUACCUCAACGCCGUAGUAUCAUAUACUCAGGACUCUCCCUCGACUUCCUCGACCGGGCAAAAGUUUACCAGGGUCCAAGUUCGAGUCGAUACAACCGCCAGGAACAUCGACCAUGGAACCAGCAAUCCGACAGGAACAUUCAACUACACCUUCUUGGUUGAGGGCCAGCAUGAAGUCUGGCCACAAACUUAUGAUGAAUUCAUGAUCUGGGUGGAAGCAAGAAGGAACGUUGAGAAUAUGAAUUCGAGUUUGCCCUCUCCGGAAAACGUUGCCAUUACCUAUAAAGAGGGUGCCACUGAGUGA